CCACCACACCGCGAUCGCGCUGCGCAACGACCAAAUGGUCGUGUCUUCCGCACUGCAAGGCGGUGCACCUGUGCUAAGGGAUGACCUCGCGGUCGUACCUUGGCUCACGCAUAGCGGCACGCUUGUAACCGGGGACGACCCCCAGGUCGUACCCGGACCUUCCACACUGCAAGGCGACACGGCGGACGUGCAGUACCGCAUGUCCGACGCGCCCCACCAACCCAAGACCGGUUGUCGAGUAGCGGGUACAUCCCUAAUGGACGUACCCAUCUCGACAUCAUCCUUGCCCGGGAUCAGGCACGCUCUGCAAGAGAGCACACCUACGCUAGGGACGACCUCGCGGUCAUAAACCCCAAAUUGCAAGGCGGCACGAUGGACAUGCAGCGAUGCAUGCCCAAUGUGCCCAAUUCAACCUCGACUGCACGCGAUGCGGCGUGUACGUCUAGCCCGCUGCUCGACGUACACGGCGUCAGUGAUCACCAUCCUCCAAUCAUUACUGACCUCCCGUUGGCUAGUCGCACCGUGCAGGACAGCCUGUACGUCCCCGCGGAAGUACGGGUCCCUGGCUGCUUCAGCGCAAUUGAACCACUAGUGGUCCAACUGGCCGAGCUGCGGGACGACCCCGACAACCUCUUUCGCGAAUUCCUCGACCUUCUGUCCGGUAGCGACAUGUUACGCCCGGCCCCGCAUCAAGACGGUCCGCACUUCAUCACGGAAGUGCGAACGUCCAGUGCAGUUGAACCCGCAGUAGUUCAACUGACAGGGUCGGGGAACGGCAUCGAUUCCGUCCCUGAUGAUCCCCACUCACGCGCGGCCACCUGUCCAGAAGACUUGCACUCCCAACAGGAAGUGCAAGCCCCCGGUCCCGUCAAGACAGCUGAACCAUUCCCGGUUCAGCUGGGAAGCCUGCGAUACGACCUCGACCUCGACCGGUUGAGCGAACACCACUCUCGUUACGAACCAAGCGCUCCGGCGACGGCGCAGCUCGACGAUUGCGUAGCCCUAACGGACGCGCGAGCUCAAGACCGUGACCGAGUUGCUGCACUACGUGUAGUGUAGCAGCCGGCGCCUACGGACCCUGACCGACCAGAACGGUCUCCCGACCCUCAACUCGGCGAGAACUUUACAGUUCUCGCCGAGGAUUCGCCCCCAAGGACCCACACCUUAACCCCUAUCGACCUCCCUGCGGCCCUCGACACCCAUGGCGACUACGACAGGCGCCACGAGUCGGCAACCUCGCAUGUACCCUGGAGAUCACGCGAGG